AUGGGGAUUAGUAUGAAGAGUAAAUAUGACAAGUAUUGGGGCAACAUUGAUGGAAUAAACGUGCUGUUACUGAUUGUUGUUGUAUUGGACCCAACUUGUAAAUUUGGAUAUGUAAACUACUUUCUUGAUUAUUUUUUUGAAGUAGAUGGUGAGGCAUUGAAGACAAAAUUGUCAUCUUCCUUGAAAUCAAUUUAUCGAGAAUAUGAAGGUAUGGAGGAAGGUUCUCAAAGUAUGGAAGAAUCACAACCAGAGGAAAAUGAUAAUGAUAUACAUGAUAUGAGCUUCUACAAAAAGUCAACUGGACAAAUAAUUGAUCCUAAGUCUAAGCUUGAUAAAUACCUUGCUGAAAAGUGUGAACCUUAUUUUGUCGAGUUUGACAUUCUGAAUUGGUGGAAAUUUUUUGAAACAUAA